AUGGCCAACAACAAGGAUGAACGCAAGCUUGAGAACGGUGCUCCUGCUUCCAAGAGCGAUGGCAUCCACCCCGCCUUCUACAUUGCUCUGUGGAUUGCCCUGAGUUCCAGCGUCAUUCUGUUCAACAAAUGGGUCCUGCACAGUGCCAAGUUCAACUUCCCCCUGUUCUUGACCACCUGGCACAUGGCCUUCGCGACCCUGAUGACCCAGAUCCUGGCUCGCUGCACCACCAUUCUUGACUCUCGCCACAAGGUCCCGAUGAACCCUGCCACCUACACUCGUGCCAUUGUCCCCAUCGGUAUCAUGUUCUCUCUGAGUCUGAUCUGUGGUAACCUGGCCUACCUCUACCUGAGUGUCUCCUUCAUCCAGAUGCUCAAGGCCACCAACGCCGUCGUUACCCUGUUCGCCACCUGGGCCUUUGGAAUUGCUCCCGCCAACUUCAAGACCCUUGGCAACGUCGGUAUCAUCGUCGUCGGUGUUGUUAUCGCCUCCUUCGGUGAGAUCCAGUUUGACAUGAUUGGUUUCCUCAUCCAGGUCGGUGGUAUCAUCUUCGAGGCUCUUCGCCUGGUCAUGGUCCAGCGUCUGCUGAGCUCCGCUGAGUUCAAGAUGGACCCUCUUGUCUCCCUGUACUACUACGCUCCCGCCUGCGCCGUCACCAACGGUGUCAUCGCUCUUUUCUCCGACGUCCCCCGCAUGACUAUGAACGACAUUUACGGCCUCGGUAUCAUGACUCUUAUCGCCAACGCUCUCGUUGCUUUCCUGCUCAACGCUUCCGUCGUUCUCCUGAUUGGCAAGACCUCCGCUGUUGUCCUCACCAUGGCCGGUAUCCUGAAGGAUAUCCUCCUGGUCUGCGCCUCCAUGAUGAUCUUCCGUGACCCCGUCACCCCCCAGCAGUUCUUCGGUUACUCCAUCGCCCUGGCUGGUCUCGUCUACUACAAGCUCGGUGCUGAGAAGAUCAACUCUCUCACCACUGAUGUUCGCCUGCAAGUUGGCGAGUACCGCCGCGCCAACCCUGCCAAGGCUAAGGGUAUCAUGGCCGGUGCUACUCUGUCCAUCAUCCUGCUUGUCCUGUACACUGGCGCUCCCUCCUCCGCCAAGGUCACCAACUAA